AUGUUAGCCGUCCGAUCCAGGAAACCCGUCGGAUACGACGACGUCCCGACUCUCCCCCUCUACCGCUCCGCCCCGGCUCUCGAUGUCCGCCUCGAAGAGUUCGAGCUUUUCGCCAUCGAUCGCCUCCGAGUGCUUAAAGGGAUAUCUGACGGAUUAUCGAGAGGAAAGAAACAUGAUGAAAUGGAGAAAUUGAUAAAUGAUCUUUGGAAAGCAAACAUGAGGCAUCCUCAGGCAUCCGAGGCCAUCAACAAGGACAUUAUAUCGCACUUUGUUCUGCGUCUUGUUUAUUGCAGAACGGACGAACUGAGGAAAUGGUUUCUUUCCAUGGAGACUGCCCUAUUUCGCCACCGUUUUCGCAAUGAAAGGCCUGAAGCUCAGAGGUCACUCAUGGCAGAAUUUGGUCUUGCCUACAAGAAAGUUGAUAGUUCAGAACUCGAGAGUGUAAUGGACAAACUGGCCCAGGUUGCGCGUUCCACGAGUCAAUCUUUACCCACUGUUGAUGCCAUAUUUUACAAGGUACCAUUUGAAGAAGUUCCCGAACUUGUCGCUAGCCGUAGAGUAUACAUCAGCAAGGGGAAUGCAUAUAUAGCCAUGAGUCAGGUGGUCUCCCUUGUUGCCACACAUUUCCGCAGUCAUCUGUCAAAGGCAUUGAUUUUGACUAACAGAAAGUGGACAUCAACUAUCGUAGAACAAGAGAAAAAUCGGUUGACUCCUAUAGUUGAAGCCCUCUCAACAAGCUACCUGGGCCCGGACUAUUCUCAGCCAAAAGAAUUUGCUGAGAUAUCAUUAAGAGACAUUGAUGACAUAGCUAAGAGCUCGUUUCCUAUGUGCAUGCGCCAUCUAUUUGAAAAGCUGAGAGAGGACCAUCACCUAAAGCAUGGAGGGAGAAUGCAACUGGGUCUCUUUCUCAAGGGUGUUGGGUUAAAGCUGGAUGAUGCACUUGCAUUUUGGAGAGCUGAGUUCUCACGAAAGGUUGGUGCCGAGAGGUUUGACAAAGAAUAUGCAUAUAGCAUACGCCACAAUUAUGGAAGAGAAGGAAAAAGAACGGAUUACACGCCUUAUUCCUGUCAAAAGAUCAUCUCAUCUACGCCUGGCGUAGGAGAUCAUCAUGGAUGCCCAUAUCGACAUUUCAGUGAAGAGAAUCUGACAGCUGCUCUCAGUAGAAUGGGAGUUAACAGUCGUGCUCUUAGUGAUGUAAUGAACAAAGUUCGGAAUAAGCAUUAUCAGUUGGCAUGCACCUUAACGUUUGAAGCUGUCCAUGGGACAUCAUGCGAAGCUGGGAUUAACCAUCCAAAUCAAUACUUCUCUGACAGUCAAAUAAUUAUGAAGUCAAAGAAUCAAUCUACAGCGAAGGACACGCAAAUGGAAAUAGAAUCUUCUUGAUGAGCAGGAAGUCUGAGCUCCAUUAAGUGGUUCAACAUAUCGCUGUGCUUCAGCUCUGGUCAGCACAAAUUUGAUGUCUUGCUGAUCGGGCUGAAGUAAUCAUGUAAUCUGCGAUAUGUAUGAAAUAUGUCUUGUAGAGAUAGACUCACUGAGAAUUUUUAUAAUUUUGAGCUGAUUUCUAUUCAAGUAGUUGAGAACUCGAUAUUUUUUUCCCCUCAUGUUACGAUUUGCUGCUCUUCUUGGAAUGCUCAUCUUGGUACUAUAAAUCACUCCACAUCAUCAACAGUAAUUUGUUUGACAUUUUCACUGUUAUAAGGUAUCAUCGUUCUAGAGUACCAACAAAUUGCUGUUACAACCAACCUUUGUAAGUAAUUUGAGUUCUGUUGAAUAAAUUUUGUACUUGUCAUUUUUCUGA